AUGAAGGUGUGGGGAUUCGUGCGCUCCAGUUCUCCUUUUCGAAGAUUUAAUGCAAAUUGGUUUGAUGACAUGGCAACUGAUAUUGUAAGAGCUGCAGCAAGUGAAACAACAAAAGUUAUUGUUAAUGAUCUCGGGGAUGAAUUGUUUGCUGUUUUGAUUGAUGAAGCCCGCGACAUUUCUAUUAAGGAGAAAAUGUUAGUUUGUUUAAGGUAUGUGAAUAAAGAAGGGCAAGUUAGGGAGCAUUUUCUUGGUCUUGUUCAUGUUUCUAAUGCCAAUACUUUAUCUCUAAAAUUAGCAUUGGAGUCAUUAUUAGAAACAUAUAAUUUAAGUUUAUCAAGAAUACGUGGACAAGGAUACGAUGGUGCAGGUAAUAUGCAAGGAGAAUUUAAUGGUUUGAAAACUUUCAUAUUGAAAGAAAAUUCUUAUGCUUUCUAUGUACAUUGCUUUGCCCACCAACUUCAGUUAGCUCUUGUAAUGGUUGCAAAAAAACAAGUUGAAAUCGCUUUGUUUUUUAAUUUGUUAACUAAUUUGUGCAAUGUUGUUGGAGCUUUUUGUAAACAAAGAGAGAUUCUUCGUGAUAGUCAGAUGAUUAAGACAAUUGAAGCAUUACAAAGUGGGAAAAUUUCUAGUGGACAUGGUUUGAAUCAAGAAAUGGCUUUAAAGAGAGCUGGAGACACCAGAUGGGGUUCACACUAUGGAACUAUACUUAGAUUAAUUUCUUUGUUUCCUUCCGUGGUUAAUGUUCUUAAAUAUGCUGAGGAAGAUGGAAAUAAUUCAGAACAAAUAGCUUAA